AUGCGAGAAUUGAGGAGCUCUCUUCUUUGUUUAUUUGCCUGGUUUCUGGCUGGAAAUUCAGCUGAUGAUCGUCUUGUGCUCGAGAAGGAGAUUUUAGUGCGACGAGCUUGUGAAGUGAACUCGCAGUUGCCGAUUUGUGCAAGAAAUGAUGAGCCAAACGAGAAACUGGUCGCUCCUCCGCGCCUCCGAAUCCCUCCACCAAUCCCUUCACAAGUCUCACACAAGCGCCGAGAUGUCCCUUCCGGGCCUCCAAAGGAUCGACCAGCAAUCCUCCUCAUGCCACCAACUGGACCAAGAGUUCAUCCGUCAGAGCGACAGGUAGCUGGAAUUGAUGAUCGAGAAGAUCGAACACAUAUCCACAUUCGGGAACAAGUUGACAACUUCAAUCGAGCGCAACGACCACAGCUCACUUUGGCGCAAGCUCAAGAAUUACAAAGACGAUGUUCAAAAAUUGCACCUGUUGCUCAAAAGAACUGUGUCAAAAGACACGUACUGAAAGAGAACGUGGCUCGAUGUCAAGCAUAUUUCCGUGAUUGUUCCCCGUUUCUCACCAAGGCUUCACCACUCUACUCCAUCGCAAAUCAAUGGAGUUCCGGGGUAGGCUUAAACCUUGGCUCAUGGAGUGUGAAGGGUCUUCCCUAUUAUCCAGUGAACGAGGAAGGGACAAUUGGAGCCGGUCAUUUGGUUAAUAUUCCCUUUGGUUCAUGGGGAGGUGGCUUUGGGCAGAAUAUCGGUGUACGCGACUACUGGUCCCAAUGGCAAGAAGCUGGCGCAAAUUGGUACGAGGGGAAAUACGGAUACAAAAAUGGAUGGUCUGUGCCCCUAGUGCAGAGUCUCGGCGUUGAAGGAGGCCAACAUAAUGUGGUUGGAGUACCGCUAGACAAAGAACAUCUUGGAGAAGUUAAUGUUGACAAUGGAUAUGGGGUGGGCGGCUAUUUCGGGAUAAACGAUCAUGUUGGAGUGAACUGGAAACGGGGAGAUGUGUCGAAUAUCUUCGGAGUCGGCUCACCAUUUGUGGGUGCUGGUUUCAUGACCGGACAAGCGCUCACUUUCCCCAGUUUGGACACAUGGAUGCCGGCUAUUGGAAAA